GAAAAUUCACCCCCGGAAAGCCUGGGAAUUGCCCGAGGGCCUGCAAUCGUGGAAUCGUGUUCUUGCCGCUCCCCCGCUGCUCCCCGAAGAUGCAAGCCCUGUCAUUCGGACGCUGCUGACACUGCUGCAAAGCAGCCUGCAGUGGCGAGAAUUACCGGUACUGCAAGGCUCGCCGACAUGCGCUGUUUAUCCGGUCGCAUCCGCGUCCCCGGCCAGUCCUUUGCAUUCCCGGCAACUGCAGCAACCGUGGCUGUUACCGUGUUACCGUGCCCAACCCAUCCCCCCGGUUCACGUGAAUCAGUACAUUUACCUGCGUUCAACACAAUUGGGCAGAUAUCAACGGUCCCCUGAGACUUAGCAGUUAGCACUCGCGCGGGUGACAUAGGAAAUUGCCACAAAUGUGCGAGGCUGCGUGUAUAUGCUUCAACAGGCGAUUAUGUAUGCUGAUUACAAGCAAAAUCAAAUAAAUCAAUGCGGUGAAUAAAAGAAGACGGUGAAACCGCAACAUGGCCGGCGACGAGAAGUGCCUGGUGGACGUUGUGGUUGCUUUUCCCGAGUUCUACCGUCGCCUAGAUGCAGCCAGUGCCGCACGGCUAGCGACGACAUGUAGGGCGGCUCGGACAGUCUUCUUCUCCUCAUGCACGCGCGUUAGGCUUCGCUCUGGCCAGGCGCCGCUACUGUCGGAGGGAUCCAUUAAGAAAGAGAGGGAAGCGUUCCGGAAGGUUUUGGAGAAGAGCAAGAGCAAAGCCAUCGACCUGGUGCUGGGAGGCUUGGCGACCUUGUUGGACCGAGGCUGUCACCCGACCGAGGUGGAGUUGCAAUGCGACUACAACCUGCCUGCCUCUGCUAUACUGCUCCCGGUGGCCCAGCACUUCGGCGGCUGCUGGCUUACGCGGCUUGCUGUGCAUCUGGCGCACCUGCCGCGACUCGCACCCUGGACCCCGAACCAGUGGGGCAAGGGCGGGUCGCCAACGGUCUGGGCCCAGGCCUCUCGGCCGGAUUUCCACUUCAGCCCAACCCUGGGCCUGCCUGCGCCUGCGGCGCCAGCCGCUGAAGGUGCCGCGGCGGCGGAGGCAGCGGGUGUGCCAGGAGGCGGCAGGGGCGGCGGGCGCGGCCGUGGCGUCCGAGGGCGUGCAGGCGGAGGCCGCGGUGCUGCCGGCGAGGCGCUGGUUGCUGCUGGCGGCGAGGGAACGGCGGCUGCGGUGGAUGCGGGACGCGAUGGCGGCUGGGCGGUGCAGCUGGCGGCCGCGCUGCCGCACCUCACAUCCCUCAGUCUCCACCUGGACGCAAGCGAUGAGGAGCGCGCGGCGGACCCGCUACUCCGUGCCGUGGGCCCUGGCUUGACGGAGUUGGAGCUGGCAUGCGGGUGGAACAGGCGCCUGCCGCCUUGCUUUGCGGGGGCCGACGUCGCCACCACCUUUGCCAGGCUGCGGCGGCUGCGGCUGAGCGCGCUGCUCAACGGCCUGACGCCCGAUGAGGACGACGCGACCUGGGGCCCCUGGCAGGACCUCUUCCCCGUUUCGGCGGAGACGACUGUCGUGGCUCUGGCCCGGCUGCCGGGGCUGACACACCUGGACCUGCAGAGCGCGCCCAACGACAUGUAUCACUUCGGUGUGCGCCGGCCUGAGGAGGAGCUGGAGAGGUUGCACGACCUGACCUCCCUCGCGACCCUUCGCCUGGACAUCAUCUGCCCCUCAAACGAGGACGUGCGCCCGCAGUGGAGCUUCCGGCCCACACACCACUACUUCCUGUCCUGGGUGAUGGCGCCCAUGCUGGUGUGCCUCACACGCCUGGUACACCUGGACCUGCCCAGCGCGCACGUCCGUGCCUCCGACCUGCCCCACCUGGCCUCCAGCCUGGUCUGCCUCACACGCCUCAGCGCCCUGGGGCUAGCCACGCCCGGCGUGGCCCACUGCUCGCGAUGGUGGGAGCGCCGCGGGCUGCGCGGCGGCGCCGGCGGCUUCGCGCAGCGGCCGAGGCUGGUGGGCGGGCACGGCGCGCUGGGCGGAGGAAGCAGGGGUGGUGGUGGUAGCGCUGCUGGUGGAACUGCAGAGCCCAAAGCUGCCGAGGUGGCGAAAGGCAAGGGAGGCAAGGCAGGCAGGGGAGGCAAGGGAGGUAGGGGAGGCAAGGGAGGCAGAGGAGGAAGGGGCAGGGGCAGGGGCAAGGGCAAGGGCAAGGGCAAGGGCAAGGCAGACGCAGCCGCCGAGGCAGAAGCAGAGAAGAUGGCUGCUGCUGCUGUUGCGGAGGCUGCUGCUGCGGAGGCUGCUGCAGCUGCUGAGGAGGCUGCGGAGACUGCGGAGACUCAUGCGGUGGCAGCUACUGAUGCAGAAGAGGCGACUCAGGAGGCAAGGGAGCUGGCGGCACUUGCGGCGGAGAUGAUUGCGGUGCCGCUGCCGCCCGCACUGCAGCUGCUUGAGGUCAGCUGCCGGCUGCCCACGCUGCACCUGGCUGCCUCGCUGGCCGCCCACCCUCGCGGCCCGGUGCGGCUGAUGCUGGCACCCACGGCGCCGCCGCCCGCGCCCCACUGCGCGACAGCCGCCAGCCAGGCGUUCUGGGACCCCCCGCACCUCCACGCCUACCCCUCUUUUGAUGAAGCCCGAUGGGCUGCGGAGUCCGUUGAGGCCGAGGAAGACUUCGCGGCGAUUUCGGAUCUCGACGAAAAGGCAAGUGAUGCCGGCCACGGCCAGAAGCCGUGCAACGGCGGCGCCGCCGGCCCUGGCGCCGCUGGCCGCCGCAGUGGGGGCGGCGCGGCCGGUGGCAGCUGCAGCGGGAGUGGCGGCGGCGUGGGGGCGCACACCAGCCGGGUGUGGGCAUCACCGCUGUCGCUGUUGGGUGGAGUGGCGGCGCAGUACGACAACAUGCUGCCGCUGCGGAUCGUGGAGCAGGCCUCGGCGGCAGCAGCAGCAGCAACGGGGGCAGCAGCUGCAGCGGCAGGAGCGGCUGCAGCAGAGGCGGCGGCAGUAGCAGUGCCCGGAGAGACCUUUCCGGGCGUGGUGGAGACGCUGCCGUGGCUGGCGGCGGCGGCGCGUGUGGGGGCUCGCGUCAUCCGCGCGGCGGCGGAGGAGUGGCGGCAGGCCGGCGAGCGGCAGAACUGGCUGCGAGCUGGCGGCGGCAGCACGGAGCAGCCUGCAGGGGCCGCAGCGGCGGUGAAAGCGGCGGCGCCGGCGGCGGAAGCGCCGGUGUCGGGGCAGGCUGCCGAGGAGGCUGCUGUCUGCGCCGAGAAGGCUAGCGGUGGCGGUUGGCGGCUGCGGAUCACUUCAGUGUCUGUGUACGAGGGUCUGCAUCGGUCUUGUGACGAUGCGCUGGUGCGACCUGGGGAGGUCAACGCCGCCUCGGUCCCUGGCGGCGGCGCUGCCGGUUGUGCAGGUGGUGGUGGCAGCGGCGGCGGCGGCGCUCGCCGCGCAGGGCAGCGGUGGCGGCGCCGCCGGCAGGCGCCGCUUCGCGGCGCUAUUGUGUAUGGCGCUGGCAGCGAUGACCUGGACGCUUUCGAGGACGGUUUUGGCGACCACCUUGAUGAGUUUGAUCACGAGCUUGACGCGUUCGAUGAUGGGUUGGAUGAUGGCUACGGCGGUGGCGGCGGGUUUGGAGGCGGCGGCUUCGGUGGUGGCGGCUUUGGCGGCGGUGGCGGAGGCAUGGGGCUGAUUGGCGAAGCCAUCCGUAUCGAGCGCGGUGACAGUGAUUUGGAUGACUUGGGCGGCGGCGACGGCGGUGGCGGUGACGGUGGCGGUGCGGCAGCCAUUCCCGACAUCCUCGGCCAGGAGAGCUUGUACGACGACGGUUGGUACAAUGAAUUUGAGGCGUACGGCGGGUGGGAUGGCUAUUACGACAUCCAGGACUGCUACGGCAGGUCCCGGCAACGGCGGCGGCGCGACAUUUACCGUACGGCCGACGGAUCCGGCAAACCGGAGCGCUGGGAGUACGAGCAGCGCGCACAGCGCUCCGCGGACCUGGAGCCGCUGCCUGCCGUACAGGGCCGGCACGGCAGCUGGCUGGCGGCAGUUGCCGACGUGCUGCGGCCGUACUUCUGUACGGAACGCAGCGGCUCGGCGGCUAGCGACAUUGACGAGGUGUAUCGCUCGUACGCUGGCACGUUCACUCCUCCCAAGCCGGCCGCCAACAAUGGCGGCGGCAACGGCGGGCGUGGCAGGCGCGGUGGCGGUGGCAGUCACCAUGGUCGCGGCUGGGGCGGCGGCGGCGGCGGCUGUGGGGUCCGCUGGGACCUCGGCGAAAGCCCCCUGGCCCACAGCCUGCUGCAGGGGGUGGUGCUGCGUGCGAUGGACGUGGCGGCGCUGAGGGGCGUGUGGCCCGAGGCCGACCUGCGGGUGGCAUCCAAGAUCCGGACGGCAGCGCAGCACGCCGCGCGCUCGACACCCAAGACUGUGGUGCAGCUGGAGGGGCACACGCUCCGUGACGAGGCUGAACUGGAGGACCCGGAAGCACAGGCGCGGGCAGAGGCAAUUGAGCGCGAGCUGACCAAGGCCGCGAACGUGGCGGCGGCGGCAAGGCAGCAGGCCAAGGCGCAGGCCAAGAAGCAGCAGAAAGUGCACCUCAAGGCGCUGAUGGCGGGGGCAAAGGCGCAGGCGGGUAGUGCUAGCGGCGCCGGUGGCGCUGGCGGUGCUGGUGGCGCUGGUGGAGCUAGUGGCUCGGGAGGCGGCAGGCCUGAGGGCAAGGCCGCUGGAGUGGCGCACACAGGCCAGGGUGGCAAAGGAGGGGCCGGAGGCAGUGUGCCGCCGCCAAAGCAGAACGGCGGCGCCGCCGCCACGGCGGCCAGGGGCGCAGCCGGCAAGGCACCGCUGACCAAGGCAGGCGCCAAGGCAGCGAAGGCGGGGCAAGCCGCGCGAGCGGCACAAGCCGCAGCGCCACUAGCAGCGCCUGGUGCGGCAAGAGGUCCGCCUUCAACACCUGCGGCCGCAACGGCACCGGCGCCGGCGCAAAAGCCAGCGGCAGCAGCAAUCACGGCGCCGACGGCGAACCAGGCACCAGCAGCAGCGAAGUCCGCACCAGCAGCGGCGGGUGCGGCAGGGGUGGCAGGGGCGGCAACAGCAGCAGCAGCACCGGCGGCCAAGCCGGCGCCAUCCGCCCAGACAUCAAAGGCGGCUCCGAACGCGGGGUCUGCACCAGCAGCACGCAAAGGACCUGCACCCGCGGCGGCCUCCGCGGCGGCGCCAGGCAGGGCCCAGCCAGCGCCUGCUCGCGCUGGCAGCGAGCGUGGGCACGGCGGCGGCCAGGGUGGUGGCGGCGAGCGCGGCGGCGGUGAACGCGGAGGCGGCGAGCGCGGCGGCUUUGGACGCGGAGUCGAACGCAGAGGCGAACGUGGCGACGAACGCGGAGGCGGAUCCGCCAACAGAGGCGGUCUGUCGCGGCCAUCUCCGCCGCGCCCAUCAGCCUCUGCGCGCCACCCGGCCCGGCCUUUGACCCGCUCGCGUUCCCGUUCACCAGGCCGCGGGCCCCGAGGGCCGCUGCCUCCCCGCACCGGCUCUGCUGGGUCUGGCCGCGGGCGCCGCUCGCCUUCGCCGCCGCGCCGGGCGCGCCCUGCCUCACCGGUGCCGCGUCCGGGCCGGCGGUCCCGCAGCCCUGAGCGCCGCUACCCGCGGCGGUCGCGCAGCCCUGAGUACCGGCGCACGCGGCGGUCGCCUAGCCCUGAGCACUGGCGCACACGGCGGUCACCCAGCCCAGGCCGGCUGCCCCGUGGCCCGCUGCACACGCACCCGCACACUGAAGCCCACCCGCCUUGCAAGCGGCCUCGGGGCCGGUCGCGUUCACCGCCGCCGUCAGUGCGCGGGGGGUCUGGCACUGGCCGCGGCGGCACGCCGCCGCGCCGCAUGUCGCCGCCGCCGUCACCGCACCGGCGCAACCACCCAGGGCCCAAGCCCUUGCGCCGCUCAGCCUCUCCUAGAGGAGGCACAGGUAGUGGCGGCCGGCGUGGCAGCCCGAGGCCCUACGGUGGAAGCCGUCGCAGCCCUGUGAGGCCCGUCGCCCGGCCUCGCUCCCGCUCCCGCUCCCGCUCUCCGCCGCGCCCGCACCCCAAGGGGCCGCCGCAGCCCGAACGCAUGCAGCGCUCACACAGCGGCGGCAGCCUGCACCGAACGGGAGGCGGUCCAGCACCGGGGCAGCGAGAGCGGCGCUCGCCCUCGCCGCCGCCGCGCAGCCGGCAGCAGCAACUACCGUUGCAGCAACCGCCGCUGCAGCAACCACUGUUGCUGGGCCAAGCGGGGGCAGGAGUUGGGGCGGUAAUAGGAGGAGGGGUUCCUGUGACAGGGAACGGCGGUAGCGGUGGCAGCGGCGGGUUUGUUACCGGAGGAUACGGCGGCCGACUGCUGCUGCCGGUACUGCCGCAGCAGCCCCCGCACUCGCACCAACACCAACACCAGACCCCGCUCCACUACCAGCAGAUGCCGCCUGCGUUGCAUGAGCAGCCCCCACCGUACUGGGGAGUGCCGCACCAGCAACCACACCACCAGCCGCCGCCGCACCACCCCCCGCCCGCACUUCUUCACCACCAGCCGCCAUACCACCAACAGCACCAGCCGUACCAGCAAUACCAGCAUCUUGGGGGACCGCCGCCACCGCAGCGGCAGGGCCCAGGCGGCUGGGCGCCGCCGCCGGCCCCCGGCGGCGGUUGGGCCGCGCCGCCGCCUGGCAUAGGCUACCCGCCGCCGAGCCACGCGCCGCCACCCUCGGGCUGGUGGUAACCUGGUUCUGUAGCCCGCACCAUGGUCGCGUAGACCGUAACAUAAUAGGAAUGAAUGUUUGGUGUCAGAUAUCACGAUGGCUCAAAUGACACGUGCGUAUUGAUUGUGAGUUCGCCCAGGCUGUGGCAAGACCAGGGUGUGAGGGCGUUUGAGGAUGUGUGAGACCGAUGGCGUGCCAUGUUGGGGGACAAAUGUUGACUUCUCCGGAGCGAAGUAUGAGCGUCGGAGAAGGCAGGUUCUCACGACGAUUAAGUGGGUAUGGCACGGAGUGCCGUACGAGGCGCUAUUGCUCCUCCAAGUAGCGCAGAUGCUGCUGGUAGCAGCAUCUGCCGUUUGUCUCUUUCUAUCGUACAGUACUUUUAUGCCUUGUUUUUGCUUUUAUGCCUGUUUGGUUGCUUUCCGCCCGCCCACCCUUGGUCUGCCGGUGGGAGGCAACUGAGAGGCGCCUAACGGCCACUAAGUUGCUGGUGGGAGGCAACUGAGAUACGCCUAAUGGCCACUAGGUCAGCACCGACUGUGGGGCUUGCCUGCUUGCUUUGUUGCUUGUAACGUUGAGGAGGGACAAGGGGUCUGUGGGAUUCGGGCAUGUGCUCCGGGAGUAUCCUGGGGCUGAGGGCGGCCAGGCAAGGCUUUCGACGUGCACUGGUGGAACGUUAUACCAUA